UGCUCCUGUUCCCCCUGUUCGAAGCGGAGCAAGUGUUCGGCCCAGCUACCGAACCUGUGGCUGUCAGCUCUUGCAAGUCAUGCUUCCUGGUGGCGUCCAGCACGGGACUGGUCUCACUCUACGCGCCAGGAGGUAGCACAUCAUCUGCUCGCAUACUCUCUUCCUUUGCAGCUACAUCUUCAAGUAUUUGGAAGAUGGCGUAUGUGCCACAAGCUGAUGUGGUAGUGACUUUGGAAAAUACCUCUCAAUCGCUCUCGCAAUCGCAAGCUGUUCGCAUCUACGCCAACUGGCGCAUUCUCCCAGAUUCUGAUGCUGUUCUUCGUCCAUCGUCCUCCUCCUCGUCAUCUCAUGCUACCACCGCUGGUCCUGCUUCUAGCUCUGGUGCUAUUGCUCCUCCUGCUGCUGCUGCUGCUGCUGUUUCUCCUAGUUUGCUGCCGGCGGCUGCGCUGGGUCAAUCGCCUCCCCGCUCUGGUCAUGGUCUCGAUGAUGACGAUGCUGCGCGAGCUGCUGCUCGUCUAGCUCUCGCCUCGCCAGAUGUGGCGGUGCCAGACAAUCAUCCGCUUCCGGCUGGACUUGUCACCUACACUCUGCCCGCUAGUGAGGAGCAUCCGCCGGUGGCCAUCGCUGUCUGCUCCGAGCUACCGCACCUAGCGGUGGCUUCGGCAAAGGCCAUCAGCGUGUGGAACGUCGACCCGAGCAUCGGCGAGCCGACGCUCAUGGCUUCGGUCGAGCUGCCGGAUGGAUCGAGUUCGAACCCGCCGGUGGCAGUGGCGCUCCGCGCCGGCGUCCUCGCCUUUGCCACCGCAUCGGAGCUCUUUGUCUAUCGGCUGUGGUUCGAGCGGACAGCGCCACGUGGGCCAGGCGCCACUUCGGGCUCGGCAGUCCCUUUGCGCCCACGCCGCUCCCAGUUUGGCCAGCCGCUUGCUGCCUUUGGCACCGACGUGGACAUGCUCUCCAGCUCGGCGCUCAUCGGCACCGACGCCGCAGCCACCUUUCGCUUUGACGGCACCAGUGGCAAGCCGUCGUCGCAUGCAGACAUGCUCCUCGUCCCUGGCUUGCCUGCCGAGCGAGCCAGCGGCAAGCCGGUCUCUGCCUCGGCAGCCCACCGCGCCGCCCACCCCUCGGCCGCCGCAGUCUGCGAGCUCACCGCCUCCGCCCCCUCCACGCCUUUCACCGACACGAGCUGGGGCAUCCACUCGCUCCAGGUUCUGCCUGAGCAUGCCGGCGGGAGCGUCGAACUCGUCGCCGCCAACGACGACCCGCUGAGCGAGUUUCAGGCCCCGAUCUCCCAGUCCGCGGCUCGGUCGGCCUGCCGCGUCCUCGUCGCUGGCGAGCGGACCGGCAUGCUGCUCGCUGUUGGUGCCUCGGGCGAGUCGGUUACCAAGCUCUGUGACUAUGCCUUUACUUCGCCAGCGAGCGCCGUCCUUGCCUCGGACUCGCUUGUCUACGUCGCUACCGCCACCGGCAUGGAAACCUGGUCGCUCCGCGGGCUCGAUGGUGGCUUUGGCGCAAGCUACCCGCCGCCGGCGGUCCUUGGCAUGCAGGUCUUUAUGGGCGUCCGCUCGUUUGCGCUCGCGGGCGACGCCCUCGUCGUCCUCUCCAAGAUGUACGAGGACGAGACAGCGUACCCACCGACGGCGUGCCGUGGAAUGACCCGCCUUCCGGCCGAGGCCUGGAACAUCUACAUCCUGCACUCGGCGCCGCUCGGUAGCCUCGUCAACGACAUCUCAGCGCGCGCAGCCAUGGCCAACGAGCCUGAUCCAGGCACCUACUUUCUCCUGCUUCUCGAAGCCUACCUCCUCCUGCAGACCCGCCUCGCCAAGCUCGCCCACGAGGCUCGCGAGGCCAUCGGUCUGCUCGGUGCACCCGAAGUCGACCUCGCUGAGAGUGUCACACACACCCUCGAGGCCGCCAACUGCACCGCGCUGCUGCACAAGACCGCGGCGCUCCUUGCCGCCUUUCAGAUGAACGCGGCGGCGCCGGCCUCAGCCGCACACUUUCUGUGGCAGUCGGACAUUCCGCUCACCCGCGGCCUCGCCCUCCUCGCCCGUGCGCCCGGUGAAGCCAAGAUCUACUACCUCGACCGCAUGCUCUUUGCGCCUGUGCUCCUGCCGCGCGUUGACGCCAAUGCUGACGCCGCCGCCGCCAUUGUCGCUCUCUACGCCCGCCACGCCCCGACCUCGCUCGCCCGCCUCGCCCUCUACUCUUGCCUCCAGGACUACCCGCAAGAGCCGGUCCUCACCGGCCUUGCCGAGCUCGAGACAAGAAGCCCGUACGACACCCUCGCCUACGCCCUCCUUGCGCUCGACGUUGGCAAGCUCUCAGCAAGUGUCGAGGCCCUCCUCGCCACCCCGCCCGAGCUGCUGACCAAAUUCGUCUCGGCCUCGCCGGGCAUGCUCUACGUGCCGCCGGACCAGGGCAGGUGGACCGGCUCUUCCGACUACGACGACGACUACGAUGCUGGCGGCGGCCCAGGCUCUGAUCCUGCACUUCCGGCUGCGCUGCCGUCGUUUGCCGAAGUCCUCGCCGCCCUCGACUCGGCCACCCUUCCGUUCUCGGUUGCCCUUGACCUGCUCGAGUCGGCCUGCGGCAGCCGCCGAGUUGCGGCCAAACCCAACUCGCUCGUCCCACUUGCCACCCUUGACCCUGACGCUGCUCUCGACGGACCGGCCCAGGCCGCGCUCCUCGCACACAUGGCCGCCUCCUCGGGCUUGGCCCGCCUCCCGCUCGUCGAAUGCUUCCUCGAGCGUGCCAUCGUGUGCCCCAACUUGGAGACCGACGUCUCUGAGCUGGCUGUCCGCCUCUCACACAUGUACCUGGCCCGGAUUCUGGAUGCCGAGGCCGUCGACGGCGGCGGACCUCAGCUGGUGAGCCUCCCAGCCGUCGCCUCGCUGCCGGCAAGCCACGCAGCUCGCGCCGAGGCCUGGCUCAGCAUGCUGGCCGACGCCGCGCCAUUUGGCGAGCCGUACCCGUGGCUGGCGCUGAUGCCAGCUCCGGAGCCGAUCAGGCCGUACGUGGCCAAGCUCUCGUCACUCCUCGCCUCGCCGCUCUUCCACUCGGCCGAGUUGCUCCUCGACCAGAUCCAAGCAGCGAUGCCGUCGCAGACCUCCCCGCCGCUUCAUCUCUGCAGCCUCGAGCUCGCCUGCCUCGCUGCACUCGGGCGGACCGAGACUCUGGUCAAGACCCUCGCCACUGUCGCUGCCGCCGCCCCGGUCGUCCCGCUCGCGGUCGCCCGCCUCCACUUUGGCAGCGACGCCGAGGCCUGGCGGGCGCUGUUAGACGCGCUCAAUGCCUCUUCCGGGCCAGCGGGCGACAGCGCUGACCCGCCUGUCGCCACCCGCUAUGUUCUCGAGCACAUGGCCCGGAUCCUCCCGCCGGCGACCUUCAUGCAGCUGUUGCCGUCCGAUGGUGACCUCCGGGUUUACUUUCCGCUCCUCGCCGCCAGCAUCACCGGCGAGCGGUCGCGCAAGGUCCUCGCGUCGAUGCCACUAUAA